CUUGCUCUUGCACUUGCAAGCUUUGUUGCAGUUCGGAACAAAUUCCAUAGAGUGAUAGAGCAACAGCUGACAGCACAGAUAUCCGAAAUAAAAAUCGAUUCAAAUUUAUUGAACAAGAACAAGAACAACAUUGAUUUUUCGUAAAUUUUUCGUGAAAUAAAUUGGUGCAGAUUAAUAUUUUAUAUUAAUUAUUCUUUAAUAAUUUAAUUAAUACGCUAUUUUAGGUGAAAGCAUUUAUAAAAAUGUCACAAAUAACAACUAGAAGCGGCGAUACGAGCCAGGAUGAGAAACUCCUGAUGCCGUUCACAUACAUCCAACAAGUGCCUGGCAAACAGAUACGUUCAAAACUCACCCUCGCCUUCAACUACUGGUUGAAGGUAAGCGAUGAGAAACUGCGAGCAAUUGGGGAGAUAGUGCAGAUGCUACACAACUCCAGUUUAUUAGUGGAUGACAUAGAAGAUAACUCUAUCCUCCGGCGAGGUAUACCGGUGGCGCACUCUAUCUACGGCAUCGCGAGCACCAUCAACGCGGCCAACUUCGUGGUCAUCAUCGCGUUAGACAGGACUCUGCAGCUUGGGCACCCUAUGGCCACCACAGUGUACACGGAGCAGCUGCUGGAGCUGCACCGAGGGCAGGGCAUCGAGAUCUACUGGCGAGACAACUUCCAGUGCCCCACCGAGCACGAGUACAGCGAGAUGACCAUGAAAAAAACCGGAGGUCUGUUUAUGUUGGCGAUACGUCUCAUGCAGCUGUUCAGUGAGAACAAGUCGGACUUCAGCAAGCUGUCCUCCAUCCUCGGCCUGUACUUCCAGAUCAGGGACGACUACUGCAAUUUGUGUCUGCAAGAGUAUUCAGAGAAUAAAAGCUUCUGCGAAGACCUGACGGAGGGCAAGUUCAGUUUCCCGAUCAUACACGCGAUACAGAACCAGAAAGGCGAUAAUCAAGUACUUCAUAUUUUAAGACAAAGGACGAGAGAUGUGGAAGUGAAGCGGUACUGCAUCUCUCUUUUGGAGAAGUUUGGCAGCUUCCAGUAUACGAGGGAAAGACUGCAGCAGUUGGACGAUGAGGCCAGGGCAGAGGUAAAACGCUUAGGAGGUAAUCCGCAUUUAGAAGAACUGUUAGACGAACUACUAAGCUGGCGGAGGAAUACGAAGAAACAUUACAACGAAGAAUAAAUUGCAUCGUACAAUUUUUGAGAUUAUUUUCAAUACUUUUGAGUGUGGUAUAUUUUGAUUUAUUUGUGUUAGUCUGCUUUUGGAAGUCUGGUUAGCUUUGUAUGUAGUGGUAAAGUGUACAGACAAGCGUUAAAGGUGGGUUGGUGUGUAAUAUUAAAGCAAUACACACAAAUGCGCUUAAUCUCUAAUCUUCCCACUAAAUCCAAAUUCCAAAGCCAAACGGACUUUCCAGAAUAGAUUUAUUAUAUAAAAUAGUAAAGGCCCGCGCAGACAACGGAAUAAUGUAGAAUCAAACAACAGAAUAAAACUUACCUUUUAUUAGUUAUUGGAAGGUUACAUUGCCAAUAACUAAUAAUAAGUACGUUUUGUUCUAAAAAAAAAGUAGAGUUAUUCUUGUUACCAUCCCCUAUACCCCCAUACCAUCAAAAAUUUCCAUUGAUAUGUGCAAAAAAAAAUUAUGCAAUGUGAACGUGAACGUUCUUACAAAUGAGUUUUAUGGAUUUUGCAGUACAACAUGCUACAAAAAUUGUCGUUACAUUUUUUUCUCAACAACUAUUUCUGAGAAAAAGCGAUUCUAAUUAAAUGUAAUGUAUGUAUAUAAGAUGUAUAUUAUGACAGAGUCAUAUUACUUUAGUUACUUAAAGCUAGCUGUAGGACAUAACGCAUUCCAAACAAAGUCUAAUAAGAUUCGUUUUAUUGUUUUCUUAAUUUUGUUGUUUUAGCUGUCCUACAUUUCACAUUCAAAAUAAAGUCUCUAAUAAGAUUCGUUUUAUUGUAUACUUAAUUUUUUUGGUUUUAAGAGGGAUAGCAAUUUAACUUGGCACAAAACUACGCUGAAUAUUAUGAUACUCUCGCGUCGUCUGCGUAGGCCCUUACACUGGUAAUGUGAGAUUUAAUUAUUUAUUUGUAAAAUUCUAUUGUGUGUGCAUUGAAAUGUUUGGUAUAACCACUAUUGGUCCUUUUGAUUUUUUACCACCCGUAGGGUGGUAACUAGCCACGGCCGAAGCCUCCCACCAGCCAGACCUGGACCAAUUAAAACCUCAAUCGGUCUAGCCGGGGAUCGAACCCCGGACCUCCGCGCAUGCCACUGCGUCACGGAGGUUAUCAGAAUUUUGGAUAAAAAAAAAACGUUUCAAUGCACUGGUUGAUAAUGAUGAUGAUGAAACUAUUAUAAUUAGAAAACGAAAUUUUUUUGGUGAUUGUUGGAAUUGUUUUACCAAAGCCGAUGAGGUGAUGAGAAAUUGUUGAUUAUUUUGUAUUUUAAAAAUUGAAAAAAAUUUAUUAUACUCUUAAUUUUUUUAUUGUUGCUAAAUUUACUUAAAAUUUCGAUCUGUACUUAUAAAAUUAUUGGCUUGUUUUUUGAUUUAAGGAGAUCUAAUCGAAUUAUUUUUAAGGGCUAGAAGUUUUUUGUUUCAUUUCGAAUUAGGGCCAACGCCGAUUAACGGAGGAGCGGCAUAGAGUAAUUUUGGUUUUUGAAUAUAAAAAAAUAUUUUAUAAUUACAUAAAAUGUCUUUUACUAUUAUUUAUCAUGGUCGAAGCCAUGUACCAAGUUGCCGGAAUCAGGAAAUAAAUCAAAUUUCAUCACAUAAUAUGUGUUCAGUAAUAUUACAAAAAAUAUUAAAUUGUAUUUGGAAAAGCGUUUUACAUCAUAUAAACGUUUAAAUCUAUUGCUAUUUCAUGUUACGCCAUGAUAGAGACAGUGACAAAAGAUUAGGAGCUCUCGCAGACCGCAGAUUUAUUGUCGCCACGAUGAUUUGGUUGGAUUGGGAUGCUUGCUAAAUUGGGGCCAACUAAAAAUCUGGCGAUUUAUAGACCAGGCUAUUAUCAAAGUGAUACACAGUUAUAGGUGUUAAGCUCAGCUAUAGCUUGGCCAGUUUGUUGAUGACACUCCCAUGAUAUGCGGGCGACGGGGGACUGCGCGGGUGUGAAGUCGAGCGCGCGAAGGGCAAAGGGAAGGACUACGCGGGUAUGAAGUCGUGCGAGCGGGCCAUCGCUACCCGCUUUCCCGGCUCGCGCGGACCAUCGGGAGAGUUACGAACGAAUUUGUCAAGCUAUAGGUUAUUCGCUAAUUCGUUGUAUUUCAGUGGGUAAAGUUAACUAAGUCUGUUUGACAUAAGCUAGUACGAGUAUGUCGUAUAACUUAAUUGAGUGAUAAAAAUAUUUCGUAGCACAUUUUUUUACGGAAAAUCAAUUUAAUGUUAUACGAGUUAACGAAAGACACCGAAGUGUCUUUUUGGAAUUGUCUGAAAAGGAAACUAACUCCGUGUUACUGAAUACAAGCCCAGGUGUCUAAGAUCUGCUUCACAAGAUACCUAUUGAUUUUCGUAACUAGCUUUCGUUGCAGUGGGAAAAAAGAUAUAUUAUAUUUUUUAAUACUCUUUAUUUUUACACUACAAUAAUAAAAAAAACAAGCAAAACAGAAACAUAAGAAGAAGUAGAAGACAAAAAAGUCGGCCUUAUCGCUUAGUAGCGAUCUCUUCCAGGUAACCUUAUAUGUAGUCAAACGUGGCCUAUUAACUCUUGACGCGCUUUUUAAGCGUAGUCUUCUGUUUGUUUUGUUAAGUAUUGAUUAUUAGCUUAUUUUAACGGUCUUCUACAGCGACCUCCUAAAAGAGGGGAUGGAUAGAUGGAUGGAGUUUAGACGCACCACAUUGCUCCAAUGCAAAGAUGCUAAUUAACGGUUAAGUAUAUAUUAAAAAAAAUAGGACAACCAAUCAAGUUGACAGUCAAUAAAUCUGUCUGUCUGUCUGCGUAGGUCUUUAAAUGUCAAUCAACUCGUUUGUUUUUUUUUGUUGGAUGUGUUUGAGUAAUAAAAUGAAUUAAAAUUUAGAUUAAGAUAACGUACUUACUACACUGUAUUAAUUGUUUUGUAGUACACAGAUUUGAAAGUUAAAUCGUAUAGGUGCAAUGUGUUAAAUGUAAUGACUGCAUUGUAAGGUAAGCUGCACACAUACCAAAUAUUGUCAAUACAAGAUUGAUUAUUCAUUGUCAAUGAUCUCUCAAACUGUGGGCUGCACUUGCAAAAUGCAUGAUAAUUCAUUACGAGCCUGUAUUGUAGAACGGAUUGACUAAUUUGUAUCUACAGUGCCUACCUUAUUUAACAACUUUGUGCAAGCCAUUGCCUGUGAACAUUAGCCCCCUGACCAGUCAAAUAAAAAGCUUGAAUUGAGGGCUACACAAGUAUAGUGCUACAAACUUAUUUGGUCCGUUUUGGAAGUCUUUGUCGUCGCGCUUUUAGUAUAAUAAUAAAGAUUAAACUACAGAACGAAAAUAAUAAUAAAACUGUAUUCAAUAACCUCAGACUAAUAACAUAAGGACUAGCAUCGCACACAAAUUCACAAAUAAAAUUGUCCGUCAUUUUUCAAGGAAAACGAGCUUGGAUAUACCUAUCAUAGACUAAAGUAGAAGUUGUUGACUGUUUUUUACUCCUACUCUAAGACGUACAACAACAACCUACAACCUACUCAAAAAGGUAUUUUUACUGAGCUUUUAACCGACGAACACGAUUUCAACUAUGAAACAUCGAUUCUAUAGAGACAGUUUUUUAUAAUCGCAUUAGAUCAUUGAUCAAAUACUUUGACAGAAAAGUAACUCCGGUGCCUCGCUCCGCUUUGGUGGCCUGGCAACCUUACACUAUGGAUUUAUAAAGCGCCUUAAUAUUGACAAUUUGAACUUUACUAUUGUGUGUGCGGUGGACCUAAUAGAUAAGGUUAGACAAAACUGAACGGCUCUAGUCAAUCGUUCAGGCUCCUAAUUAUAAGCUUGUUCUUGCGUUUGCGUGUAACAAACCGCUGAAGUGUUGCUAGAACUGCUGUUAGGAUGAAGAAUAAGAAAUAAGCAUAGAUUGAACCAUAACUAUACGCAAAUAAUACAUAUGAGAUACAGGGUGUGACGUUACAAUCAUAGAGGUGUGGGAAGCAACUGAAUGAUUUUUGAAUGUUAAUGAAUGAACGAAGAAUGCGUCUGCCACCUGCUCCUUAUUCCACUCUGACGUCACUCUUUCACGCCUAUAUGUGCGUACAACGACAUCAAGAGAAAUACAUGUCAACCAAUACCACGCAACGAGAGAGCGAUACAUCAUCUCUGCCACUAUUGGUCGACAUUCCCUUUCCGAGAUGUCAAUAUUAUGUCGGUAUUUUAUUGUGUAGUUUGCCUAUAGUUGGACAUUUUCCGAUAACUGUGAGUUGACCCAUUUGUUUACCUCAUAAUUGUUACAGCUUUUUUGACUUAAUUAGUGAUAAGCAUUCCGAAGUAUUGUUCUGUGUAAUUUAGUUGGAAGGCAAUUGUAUUCAGACGUUGGAAUAUAAACUAAAAAGGUUGAGUUGAGACCAUAAAAAUGUAUCCAAUGUCAAACAUAAUGAUUUUUAAGAAUUUAAACUUUCGCGAGUGUUAUACAUAUUAAUUGAUUAUGAAACACGGUUAAAACUCACUUGAUACAACGUCGGUGUAUAGACUAGUUUCGAACCCGUACGGGGCCGUUAGUCAUGAGCUGGUUCUUGCAACGCGGCACAAUCCAAACGUAUCACGUGAGUUUUUGCUGUGUUUCAUAAUAGAUUAAUAAUGAUUUUUACUCUUAAUUUUGCAAAUUAUUUGUUUGGUUGGCUUUUGCUUUAAUUUGAAAUAUCACUACGGUAAAUAAACAUGUAAAUAAGUUUUGUAGAUAUUAAAUUUCGCGAAUUUAGCCUAAAUCUAUUUUGUUGCACCAUUUUUUUUAAAUAUAUUUUUUUAUUAUGA